CGACCAAACACGGGCGCGCGCAGAGCAGUGUGUGCUUCAUUAAUGAGGAUUGUGCAGGCCGCUCAAAGCGAAAUGAACGGCAAACACGCUCGCGACUGAAGACACCAUGGAGCAAUGGACAAUGCGUCAACCAUCAACACCACACACCGUCAUGGCCAGAUCAAGCCCGCUUUCUUGAACCGAACGGGAUUUGCGCUGGCUGAUUGCUGCUGCUCUUCAUCGUUUACGUCGUCGGUGGGAUGUCCGUGUCUGCUGUCUCUUGUGCUGAGCACGUCCUCGGUCGGCAAGUCAAAAGAAGGCCACAUGGAGCACGGAGCAAGCAAGUCGGAGGGAACUGGCUCCAUCUCCCAUCGCAAGUCACACUACGUCUGCGUGGGGACUGCGCGUACGCGAACGACAUCAACACACUGCGCCAUGUGGCCAGUCAUUGCGCUGAGUUGUGUGUUUGAUUUUUUCUCAGAUUUCGGCGCCAAUCGUAGGGGCCAGUCGAUUCUUUCUGCUGCACGCCUGACCUCACACGGGCACCCUAUUUACGCGACGCUCGUGCUGCGAGACCUAACGGCAUCGUCGUCCGAAGCGUCCUCCUGCAGCGCAGGUUCGCCUUUCUGAUCAGCUUGCAAAUUGAGGCCCUUGAUAGCUUCUUCAUCCAUCGCUGGAGCUAGCAUCGUCGAGCCUUGACGAACAACGGGGAUAGCUGCGAUGAGUCUCAUUCUGGGUCUCCAGAAUAUGGGCAUGCCUGGUCCCACUCCCAGCGGAGCAGCUUGAGAGCGUCGCUGAUCGAAUGGAUCUGCGCUGAGCACAUCUUUGACGAUC